AUGUCAGACGUCGCUGCCCUGGAGGCAGAGGUGAAGGAGUUCAAGCUCCAGCUUGAAACCGUCCAAUCGAGUUUGCAGGUAGACCCAGACAACACGGAAUUGCAGAGUCUCCAAACUGAGCUGGAAGAACUUAUAAACCUCACCGAAACAUCCAUUGCCGAACUCAAACCUCCCGCGCCUCCCGUGUCUCAGCCGCCGGCGUCCGCGGCCAAGGAUAAUAGGGCCAAGGAUUCUUACGCAUCUCAACCAACAUACCGCAAACGGACGGUCGAACAGACGGACGAACCGUCAACUCAGACCUCCUUUUCCGUUAACGAGCACGUUCUCGCCCGGUGGGUGUCGGGCGACAACUCGUUCUACCCAGCGCGUAUCACCUCCAUCACCGGCUCGGCGAGCAACCCCGUGUACCUCGUCUCGUUCAAGUCAUAUGGGACGGUGGAAAACCUAACCUCCAAAGACAUCAGGCCCAUCUCCGGCAAUGACUCGCGAAAGCGCAAGGCUGAUGCAAGCUCAGGCAAUUCCUCAUCACAAUCUCCGGCGCCGCCGCCGCCCCACUCGAGCGUGAUCUCCGCCGCCGCGGACAUUAACCCCGCGUUGGCCAACCAGGCGCGUAAGGAGCCGAGCAAGGUGAGCGAUGGGCCGGCGCGCCCGGCCAAGGUGCCCCGGAAGGUGAAGGCCACGCGGGAGCUUGAGGCGGGCAAGAUGAAGUGGAAAGACUUUGCCAGCAAGGGGAAACUGGGUCGCAAGGAGAGCAUGUUCCGCACGGGCGACGGAGUAAAUGCCCGAGUGGGUUUCACUGGCUCUGGCCAGCAAAUGCGCAAAGACCCUGGACGUUCACGACACGUCUACCAGCAGGGCGAAGAGGAAGGCUACUAG